CAUGGAGAGUAUGCCCAAUUGAUAUUGUAAGUUGAUGGGAGGAGUGAGAUUGCCUGUCAGGUUAGGCAAUUAAACCUGAAAAUAUGUGAGGUGCUGUGACUUGCAACUAAUAUAAAUAGUUCCCUGAUGUCGCAGCUGUGCUGGCUACAAUGGUUAAUGUUAUUACCUUCUUGCAAGCAACAUGACAGAAAGCUCGAUGAGGAACCUUUCGGGGAUAACAAUGGCACGACUUAUGAACGCGUUCAUUAUAUUCACUCUUUCCACAAGCUUAAUGUGCAAAGCCAGUUACUGGCAUGAUCCGGGCAUGGACUAUGGCUUUGACAACAUUGAGCCAUCAGCCAACCUCACGUGGAGCCCAUGUUUCGAUGACUUUACAUGCUCUAAACUGGAAGUUCCUCUAGAUUAUUCGAAUACAAGUCUUGGAAUGACGUCAAUCGCCUUCAUCAAACUGGCUGGCAAAAAUGCUACCACCCAGUCCCCAAGCAUUGUACUCAUCCCAGGCGGUCCGGGUGGUUCUGGUAUUCAGCUUCUCCUCACGUAUCAAAACUUGGCAGGGUCAAUUUUUGGAGAGCAGUACAACUUCGUCUCCUUUGACCCUCGCGGUGUGAACAACAGCGGUUUGACUCUCGACUGUUUUUCGGGGAACGCAGAAGCAAGAUUGGGCUUCAAUCAACUACACAGUACCGGCGCUACUAACAUUUCAUCAACGUCACUUGAGGAACAGUACUAUUCAAGCUCUAUCUAUGGAGAGUGGUGUAACGACGCUGUUGAGAAUGGGUCACCUUAUGCAUAUUAUGUGACUACGCCGGCGGCUGCCCAUGAUCUGCUCAGAUUUAUAGAAGCCGAAGCCGAGGUGGCCAGCCAGCCGCCGUCGGACGCCAAAUUAUGGUGUUAUGGCAUCAGCUACGGCACUAUCGUCGGCACCACUUUCGCUUCGAUGUUUCCUGAUCGAAUUGGGAGAAUGGUGCUCGAUGGUGUUGUGAAUGCAGAGGAAUACUACAAUAAUGACUGGAGGGACAACGUCGAUCAAAUGGACGAUACCAUGGAACAGUUCUCGAGUUUCUGCCAUUCCGCAGGUCCUGAGACGUGUUCCUUCUGGGGGCCCACGCCAGACGACAUCACGGCGAGAAUAGACGGCAUCGUCCAUCAGCUUCAGAACCAUCCGGUUCCACUAAGCGGAGUUCAAAAUCGAGGUUUGCCGUCAAUGGUCACCUAUUCAGACCUGAAGGCUCUUUUUAUCAACACUAUCUACACUCCACUGGCGUCAUUCCCAGUUAUGGCAGAUACUCUACUGCAGCUCGAGCUUGGGAAUGCAUCUACUCUUGUGGGCUUAUUCGACGGGUUUGGUAUUACAUCUGACGCCCGUCUUGCCAUCCAGUGCGCCGAUUCGUAUCGAAGAAACAAGCUCACAACCAUUGAAGAUUUCAAAAGUUAUGUCGAGUACACGGUUUCUAAGAGUAAAUACAUCGGUGAUAUCUACCCCAUCUUCCUGGAGAAUAUCUUGUGUAGAUCCUUUCGGCCAGAAUUGCCCGAUAGCAUGGUGUUUCAAGAAUCAAUAGGUGGACUGGACAUACCUACCUCCUUCCCGAUCUUGUUUGCUAGUAACACCAUCGACCCUAUAACGCCCUCAAAGUCGGCGCUCAAGAUGUCGUCUCGAUUUCCCGGAUCAGUACUCUUAUUGCAAGAAGCUAUCGGUCAUACAGUCAUAGAUCAAGGGGCGUCAAACUGUUACUUCGGACAUAUUCAGGCAUAUCUCCAGGGCAUAGUCCCACCGUCCAACAUCACCUGCCCGCAGCAGUACACACCUUUCAUAGAUAGCCCUGUUCGACGUUAGUAAGCAGGCAGUAGAUGAUAAUCGCUUCUGGGAACUGAUCCGCUUUGCUCGUGCCGCAAAGGCCGGGGCAGCGGCAAGCUUGUCAACGUUGAGGGUCAAGGCCCAUACCAGUUCAUUGAGUUGUAAUAAUCAUCCAUCAACAUGCUAGCAAUGGAGCAAGCAGGUUAGUAUUUAGGGAAGCCGAAUUGUGUUUGUAGAGAACAAUGGAAUUCUGUCUGUGUCGCAGAAAUUGUAUUUCAUAAUUCUGGCCAUAUCGGCAUCGUGAAGGCAUGGGCUGGCAACAGCGGGGCCGCAAAAACGCUCCUACCGUGAGAACGCUAUUCGUGCGGUCGUCAGUACAUUUAUGCUCCUCGGGCUGUGAAAUAAAACCAAGAAGAGAUGAUUUCUCUUCACUGCCAAAGCAAUCAGUGCUUGCAUUGCGCAAAAGCUCUUGC